AUGCGUACCUACGACGAUACUUUCUCGGGCCAGAGAAUUUACCCUGGCAAGGGUAAAAUCUACGUCCGUGGCGACAGCAAGGUGUUCCGAUUCCAGAAUGGCAAGUCGGAGUCACUGUUCCUGCAGCGAAAGAACCCUCGCCGCAUCGCCUGGACUGUUCUGUACCGCCGACAGCACCGCAAGGGUAUCUCUGAGGAAGUUGCCAAGAAGCGUACCCGCCGAACCGUCAAGGCCCAGCGUGCUAUCGUCGGUGCCUCCCUCGAUGUGAUCAAGGAGCGACGCUCCAUGCGCCCCGAGGCCAGAACUGCCGCCCGUGCCCAGGCUAUCAAGGAGAGCAAGGAGAAGAAGAACGCUGCCGCUGCUGCCAAGAAGGCUGAGAAGGCCAAGACCGCUGCCGCCGCUGGCAAGGGCCAGACCCAGCGAAACGUCAGCAAGCAGGGUGCCAAGGGUGCACCAGUCAAGGUUGCCGCCCGAACUCGCUAA